AUGGAUGUCGAUGUUCCGUGCAAACCUUCUUCCAAAGUCAAAGCUCUCAUCCAAAAUCUAGAGGCCGAAAGGAAUGUCGGCGCAUCCCCGCCAAUCAAAAGUGUCAUCUUCUCCUGCUGGACCAAAAUGCUUGACCAAAUCGGCAAAGCCCUUUUCGCCAACAACCUCUGCUUCGAACGUAUUGAUGGCAGCAAAUCAGACUCGCAGAGACGUACGGCACUGGAAAGCUUCCGGAAUGAUCCGGACUGCUGCAUCCUGCUUGCCUCGAUUGGGAGUGCGGGUGUAGGGCUGGACCUCACAGUAGCAUCGUGCGUUCACCUCAUGGAGCCGCAGUGGAGCCCGAUGGCAGAGGAACAGGCGUUGGACAGAGUACAUCGUAUGGGGCAAACGAGAGACGUAGUUGCCACACGCUAUGUCGUCAAGAACUCCAUCGAGGAAUACGUCAUUUCGGUACAAGAGAUGAAGUCUAAGGUGAUCAAACAGUCGUUCGAUACUGGCACUGCUACUGAGACGUUGAACGUGAGGGAGCGGCUCAUGAAGUAUCUUCAACAAACCUGA